AUGCAGCCCUCCCCUUCGGCACUGGGGCCCCUGCGCGCAGCAGACACCUGCCAGGCUCCGCCUGGACCGGAGCGUCCUCCCGCCGCCAGGGCUCGGGCAGUUGCUUCCAGCCUGGGACCGGCCUCGGUCUCCGGCAGAGUGCCCCGGGCCCUGGACAUGAGUGCCCAGGAGACCCCACAGGGUCGAAGAUUCCCCAUUGAGGCCGGAGACUCCCCUGGCCUUGCCUCCGCCCCCGAGUCCCAGGACAGCCCGGAGCCAGUAGCUACGGAUCAUAACCCUGUCAGGCCGCUCCGACGCUGCCCGGGCUGCCACUGUCUGACGCUGUUGCACGUGCCCAUCGACGUCUACCUGGCCAUGGGCGGGAGCCCCCGGGCCCGUGCCACCUGA